UCCGGGAUCACAGACACCUUGGACUCUUCAGACUGUCCCCUCUCUGGAGUUACUUCUAUCUGACGUGAAGGACGUACAUCUCGGACGUGAGACCCCCGAGGAACCCUGAGGCCGAAGCUCCGACCGGACUUUUCUGACCAGAGGACGUACUCCGCGCUUCCAUUCUUCAACCGAACAUCAUGAAAUCCCGGCGACCCAGCUGCGCCGACUCCGGGUCCGAGUCUUCGGAAGCAGACUCCCAGAGCCCGGAGAAGUAUGAGACGGUCACGAGGCGGCGGUCGGCGGCCAACGCCCGAGAGAGGAAGAGGAUGCAGGGUCUGAACACAGCCUUCGAUAGCUUACGUAAAGUGGUCCCCCAGUGGGGUCAGGACAAAAAACUGUCCAAGUACGAAACCCUGCAAAUGGCCCUCAGCUACAUCAUGGCCCUCAACCGGAUCCUGACAGAAGCCAGGAGAAACAACGCUCCUCACAGGCAGUGGCUGGACCUGCAGUUUGACUGCGUGCAGCCAGAGAACUACCCGUGCCUCAUGAGGUACGACUCUGCCACCGACCAGGACUUCAUCCACUCGUCCUUCUCGUACCAGUUCGACGGCCACCAGGUCCACACAUAAGCUGCUGCCACGUGGUGGACAAUCAGUCAUGUUGUUGGAUGUGAGUGACAAUGUGAAUAUUUCUCCUCCAAUCCAGGAGAAAGUAAAUACAUUUGUAUUGCGUUAUUUUCUUUAUUAUUUUUCAGUUUUUGCAAGGAAAUGUUGAGCAUUUUUAUUUGUUCACAGUAUAGCAAUGACAGAAAAUCUAUUGACUUUAUAAUAACCGCAAUAUUGACCUGGAGAUACAGGCAAUUGUAUGUGAUUUGGUGUAUAUCUAAAAUACUUUUUUGAUGUGGCCUUAAAAUGUGCAAUGCUAAAUGGAUUCUGAGAAAAUCUCAGUUGUGGUAGUUUACAUCAUUAAAAUGUAAAAUGUUACUAUUUUUCUCGAAGUAAAAGUACAUUUGUAGAGAUGAUAAUUUUUCACAUGCUGACAUCUUUUUUGUUGAAUUAUAGCUUUUGAUCAAAACAAUAAACUAUUUUGUAAGAAAAA